AUAUUUUAUUCAUAGUAUCUUCUCGCUCUAAUUCCUAACUUCGCUGCUGAUAGUGAUAAUACAUCACAUGAGGGUACAGAAGAAGAAGAAGAAGAAGCAGCAGCAGUACCGUGUGAAGUUAUAGUUAUAGGUGCAUGUACGUAGUAGCAAACCAGGCUGUGUGUAUAUAUAGACUUGUGCUGUUCUCUUGAGAUGGCAUCCAAACCUCCCAAAAUCUCUCAAUCAUCCCUCUCCCUUGGCCUUUGCAGCCAUCUCACGUGAAUUGCUUAGCUGCUCUGCUUUUUCUCCAAUUUCGUCCCCUGUGUUCCCAUUACAACUUUCUUUCCUCAGCCAAUACCCGUUGCUUCAAUUUGCCUGGUUUUCUUUUCUGGGUUGUUCCUGCUUCGCUACCUACAUAUAUAGUCACAUAUUCUUUUCCUUCUUUUCCUUUGGUUCUGUUUAACAAAUGGAGGGAGACAAGAAGCAUGUCAGCGCUGGUGCUGCUUCUUCUUCGUCAUUGGCGGCUGAACUUUUUGGGACCAAGGAGUCACCGCCCAGUUCUUCAGCUGGGGUUUUCGCUUCCAUCUUCCCGCCUCCAUCCACUGUCCUGAAGAAGUCUUCCAACUCUGCGGGGGCUGGAACUUGGCACAAGUAUCAGCAUCACUCUGGAAAGCAUGGAACAACAGCAAUGAAUGGUGAGGCUGGAAGCUAUGGCAUCAUGGGUCACAGCAGGGAGAGGAUGGAGCCAUGCCAUCUGAGUUCAUCGAUUUACUAUGGCGGCCAAGAAAACUACUCUCAGUCUCCAAGUAGCCAAUCCCCUGGCUCAUAUCCUAUCUUCAAGAAAGAUGGAGAAGAGGAUGAUCCUAAUGGAAACAAUUCCAACAGUGCUUCCAGAGGGAAUUGGUGGCAAGGUUCUCUAUAUUACUAGGACCCUCGACUGCUUUGCCAUGCGGAUUUACCCUUCUAUUUUCCAAAGGUAUGUACUUUGAAUCCAAAAUGCCUGCUUCUUUCAGUGAUUUGCUGAUAAACUGGUAUAUGCCAGCUUUUGCACCUGAACCAUCAAUCAUUCCUAUUAUUUCCCACUGUCAUCUUCUUCCAUGAUCACACAGAUGGCAUCCACUGACUGUUUCAUUUUCAUAGCCUGCAAGUGGUGGUGGGGUGUCCUUUCAGUAUUCUUAAUAAAUGGGUGUCCCAGAUUCACUUACUAGUAGGGUGGAAUAGAAACUGAUCUUAGUUUCUGUAGUAAUAGGUAGGGUUCAGAAGAGCCCCCACCCACUUGAAUUUUCAUUCAGAAGCAUGAACAUCCAUUGUUUUGUUGUUGAUGUUGUGAUUGCAGGAAUUCAUGGAAAUCUGUGGGAUAUGUAUGUUUGAGGUGCAAAAUCAAUAGUAAACUAUGUGGACAAAACUAUCAGCCAUGGUUAAAAAAGGGACUCUUGCAAGUGGAAGAGCUGAUUACGGGUAUGAAAAAGAUAUCUGCUUCCAUGAAAAAGAUGUACCAUAAGUUGUGUGACACUCAUUCUUUCUUUUGGUCUCAAAAGGCUGCUGCUGUACAUUGUUCUGCGUUUGCUAGCUUGUGAAAAGUGAAAACCUAAAACUGUAACAAACUUCUGGGCAUCUC